CAAGGGAUAAGAAACCCUGCGCCAAGGCUUCCUCCUUUCCCAGGCGGCUGCCGAAGAUGGCGGAGGGGCAGGUCCUGGUGCUCGAUGGCCGAGGCCAUCUCCUGGGCCGCCUGGCGGCCAUCGUGGCCAAGCAGGUGCUGCUGGGCCGCAAGGUGGUGGUGGUGCGCUGUGAGGGCAUCAACAUUUCUGGAAAUUUCUACAGGAACAAGUUGAAGUACCUGGCCUUCCUCCGCAAGCGGAUGAACACCAACCCGUCCCGCGGCCCCUACCACUUCCGAGCCCCCAGCCGCAUCUUCUGGCGGACGGUGCGAGGCAUGCUGCCCCACAAGACCAAGCGCGGCCAGGCCGCCCUGGACCGCCUCAAGGUGUUUGACGGCAUCCCGCCGCCCUACGACAAGAAAAAGCGGAUGGUGGUGCCCGCCGCCCUCAAGGUUGUGCGUCUGAAGCCCACCCGGAAGUUUGCCUACCUCGGGCGCCUGGCCCAUGAGGUUGGCUGGAAGUACCAGGCCGUCACAGCCACCCUGGAGGAGAAGAGGAAGGAGAAGGCCAAGAUCCACUACCGCAAGAAAAAGCAGCUCAUGAGGCUACGGAAACAGGCCGAAAAGAACGUGGAGAAGAAGAUUGACCAGUUCACAGAGGUCCUCAAGGCCCACGGACUCCUGGUCUGAGCCCAAUAAAAUUGACUGUUAUUCCUCAUGUUGGCCUGGCCUGCCCUUCCUCCAUCGCCGCCCUAGGAUGUGGGGAGUCCCAGGGGCUGUUCAGGGCCCCAGCACCUUACCCGGGCCUUAGGAGGCUGGGACGGAGGGGCCUUAGUGCUAUUGGCCCCGUUUGUUGGGCACACUUUGCCUGUGACUGCUCAGUUUUAGGAAAUGAGCAGCUGGAACCGCUAGUUGCUUUUCAGCGCUUCUAAGCUGGAAAACUCAACUUCCCACAAGAUACUAGCCUGUAGCUGUUAGGAUGUAGCACGUGCUGGGGGCAGGAUGGAGCUGGUACUGUACCGAGGGAUUGACAGAUGCACAGGCAGGACGGCAGCCAGGCUCCGGCAUCGCACUUGCACGUUCCUGUACCUUGUGAUCAGAAAAUGAAUAAAUUAUUUUUAAAGAA